CAGCAAUCGAGGGGCUUCGAUAUUUUCUCUCGAAGCCUCGAUGCAAAGCGAAAGCUCACCGCAGCCCACCCCUCCAUUACCGCACCUUCUCCUCUCUAGCUGCAACUGUGUCUGGAGCUCUGCUACAUUCUAUAGAAGCGUUUCCGUUUUUAAUUCCUCCGCAAGAUGUCGUUUGGAGGCCAGACACCGACGAUUAUUGUCCUGAAAGAGGGCACCGACACCUCGCAGGGAAAGGGCCAGAUCAUCUCAAAUAUCAACGCCUGCUUAGCCGUCCAGGCCACGAUCAAGUCGACCCUUGGUCCAUAUGGCGGCGACCUAUUACUGGUGGAUGCGAACGGCAAGCAGACGAUUACGAACGAUGGAGCCACGGUCAUGAAGCUUCUGGACAUCGUCCACCCAGCGGCUCGGAUCCUCGUUGACAUCGCGCGGUCCCAAGAUGCGGAAGUCGGAGACGGCACAACAUCGGUGGUGGUCUUGGCCGGCGAGAUUCUGAAGGAGAUCAAGGAGCACGUGGAGGCGGGCGUCAGUUCGCAGAUCAUCAUCAAGGGCCUGAGGAGAGCGUCGGCGAUGGCGGUCAACAAGAUCAAGGAGAUCCAGAUCAGCACGAGCGAGGCGAACAGGAGAGACACGCUUGCCAAGCUGGCCGCGACGGCCAUGACGAGCAAGCUUAUCAAGCGCAACACCGACUUCUUCACAAAGAUGGUCGUCGACGCCGUCCUCUCCCUCGACCAAGAUGAGCUCAAUGAGAAGUUAAUAGGCAUCAAAAAGAUCCCGGGUGGCUCGUUGACCGACUCGCUCUUCGUCAACGGCGUGGCGUUCAAGAAGACCUUCUCAUACGCCGGCUUCGAGCAGCAGCCCAAAUCGUUCAAGAAGCCAAAGAUCGCCUGCCUCAAUGUCGAACUCGAGCUCAAGGCGGAGAAGGACAACGCCGAGGUCCGCGUCGAGCAGGUGUCCGAGUACCAGGCCAUCGUGGACGCCGAGUGGCAGAUCAUCUACAAGAAGCUCGAGGCCCUCUACAAGACGGGCGCCAAGGUGGUGCUGUCGAAGCUGCCCAUCGGCGACCUGGCGACGCAGUACUUCGCCGACCGCGACAUCUUCUGCGCCGGCCGCGUGUCCGCCGACGACAUGGAGCGCGUGGUGCAGGCCACGGGCGCCGUCGUCCAGAGCACCUGCUCCGACAUCCGGCCGGAGCACCUCGGCACGUGCGGCAGCUUCGAGGAGCGGCAGAUCGGCGGCGAGCGCUUCAACUUCUUCGAGGACUGCCCGGAGGCCAAGACAUGCACGCUGGUGCUGCGCGGCGGCGCCGAGCAGUUCAUUGCCGAGGUCGAGCGGUCGCUGCACGACGCCAUCAUGAUCGUCAAGCGGGCCAUCCGCAACAAGACCAUCGUCGGCGGCGGCGGCGCGACCGAGAUGGAGGUGUCGGCGUACCUGCACCGCUUCGCCGACCAGGACGUGCGCAACAAGCAGCAGGCCAUCGUCAAGAGCUUCGCCAAGGCCCUCGAGAUCAUCCCGCGCCAGCUGUGCGACAACGCCGGCUUCGACGCGACCGACAUCCUCAACCGGCUGCGCGUCGAGCACCGCCGCGGCAACACCUGGGCCGGCGUCGACUUCCAGAACGAGGGCGUCGCCGACAUGAUGGCCCGCUUCGUCUGGGAGCCCGCCCUCGUCAAGGUCAACGCCAUCCAGGCCGCCACCGAGGCCGCCUGCCUGAUCCUCGGCGUCGACGAGACCAUCCGCAACGAGGAGAGCAAGGCGCCCCAGCCGCCUAGCAAGCCCCUGCCUCCGGGAGCGGCCCAGCGGGCGCUGCGUGGGCGCGGCCGCGGCAUGCCGAGGCGGUGAGGAUCGGUAGCUUGUGCAUAUGAGAUGAGGAAUGAAAAAUUUGUCCGACAAGCGGCAACGCACAGUAAUCUUCGGGGUACAUGUGCAACUCUUGACGCCAGUGUCCAUACAUAUCAUUG